AUGGGGAGGGCUCCGUGCUGCGAGAAAGUUGGGUUGAAGAAGGGAAGAUGGACAGAAGAGGAGGAUCAAACCUUAAUUAACUACAUCCAUGCUAAUGGGGAAGGCUCCUGGAGAUCCAUGCCCAAGAAUGCAGGGUUACUGCGGUGCGGGAAGAGCUGCAGACUGAGAUGGAUAAAUUAUCUGCGAGCUGACUUAAAGAGGGGAAAUAUUACUCCUCAAGAAGAAGAUAUUAUCAUAAAAUUGCAUGCUUCUCUGGGAAAUAGGUGGUCUUUAAUAGCAAGUCAAUUACCGGGAAGAACGGAUAAUGAGAUAAAGAACUACUGGAACUCGCACUUGAGUCGAAAAAUAGAUGCUUUCAGGAGACCUAUUAAUAUGAUGCAUAUGCCGUCAGCAGCAGUAGCUAGUAGUAGCUGCAGCAGCAGCACCGCUGCAGAUAUACAAAUCAAUAUGGCGAUGGAAUUAAGACCUUCAUCAUCCAAGCGAAGAGGAAGAGGUGGCAGAACCAGUCGCUGGGCCAUGAAGAAGAACAAAACAACCUACACUUCUUCAGCCAAUAACCACCACUUGAAUUGUACUCAUAACGAUGAUAAAUCGACAACCGUGAUGAGCUCGUCAUCAUCAAUUAAUUUGUGUCCCCCUCCACCACAUUCAGCAGCAGCAUUUGCAGCUGGCAUCGGACAAAAACAAACACAAGCAUUAGGCGGAGGAGGACCAUCUGAUUGCUCGGCAGGCAAAAUUGAUGACGGUAAAGAAGUGGCUUUCAGUGACUUGAAGAUAGACGUCGUCAGUGAAAUAAUAGUGCAUCCAACUGGGGUGCUGACUUUAAGUGGUGAAGGACAAAGCGAUGUUGAUGAUGAUGAUGUUUUAAGCGUUAUAAGGGAUGAGGACACCGGCAAACUUUUUUGUGGUCCAAAUAAGGUGAUGACUAAUUGUACCGCAGUGGCAAGUCAUAACGAGGAACAUCAGCUCGAUCAGAUUAGUGCUACUAAUCUGAGCUCAUCAUCAAACUCAAAUUCAAAAUCAAGUUAUGGAGAUGUAGAAGCAGCUGCGUUUGAUGCGGAUGACUGGUAUAAUUCAUGCUCUAAUUAUCCAGCAGGUUCAGCAGCAGCUACUUGUAAUUUUGAUCAGCAGAAGCAGCAGUGUGAUGGGAUUAAUGGGACAUUGAUGGAUGAUGAAUUGAGAUGGGACUGGGAGAGUGAUAUCCAUAGGCAUGACUACUUAUGGAAUAUUGAUCAGAAAGAUGACGACAAUAUGCUUUCUUGGUUGUGGGAGAAGCAGCAGGCUGCAGAUGAUCAUCAUGACCAAACCAAUGUCGAUAAUGAUAAUGCCAUUCUGGCUUGGCUUCUAUCUUGA